ACAAGCGUGGAUUAUUCGUUCGCAAGGAGUGGGUUCAGUAACCAGUGUGAACGAGCACUCAACGAGCAAAUCAAUGUCGAGUACAAUAUUUCGUACGUCUAUCACGCCAUGUGGGCGUACUUCAAUCGUGACAAUAUCGCAUUGGCUGGCUUUGCUGAACACUUUCGAAAAGAGUCACUGGAGGAGCGUGCGCAUGCGGAACAACUCAUGGAGUACAUGAACUUACGAGGCGGCAAAGUUGAGCUCCAACAAUUGUUACCACCACAGAGUGAAUACGAUCGCCCGGAGAAAGGAUGCGCACUAUUAGCCCUGGAGCUGAGUUUGAGUCUCGAAAAGUUGAAUAAAGAGAAACUGUGUGAACUGCAUCGCGUCGCUGAGGAUGCAGGAGACGCACAUAUGUGCGAUUUUAUUGAAGGCGAGUUAUUAGACUCGCAGGUUCAAAGUGUGCGACAGGUUAGCGAGAUGGUCGCCACGCUAUUACGCAUGGGACCGCCAGCAGAUGGUAUGGCAACUUGGCACUUCGAUCAAACCUUACUUGAG